CCGAGUUCAAAUUGUAGUCACGUGAUUAGCGGUCGGCAGUAGGUCACUGCGGUUCCUGCACCGAGUGGUGGAGGUAUCCCGAGGCAACGGUUAGUUUGUCGUGGCUGUCCUGGUCCUUUCCCGGCUGUGGUCAGCCUCCUGCCCGGAAUGAUGUUGAUCUGAGCUCCAGGCCUUGUUUUCCAGAAAUCCGGAAAGGUUGCGUUUCGGGAAAUUUCCUUUUCGAUUCCCCCUCCCGCUUCUUUGCCUUGUUUACUGCUUUAUAAACAGACCCGUGGCGUUAGUGUGUGCAUGUGGCCAGCCCAACUCAGCUUGGAAGGAAGGUCAUACCCCUCUCGGUAUUUCUGAUAACUGGCAUUAAAGUAAGUUUAAAUUGCUGCACUUUAACAGGCUGCGGCCUGUGUGCUGGCCGGAUUUUUACGCAGAUGUUUUAUUUGUUUUUUAAAAACAAGUCGUGGAAAAGCUUGCGGCUUUAAAGGGGACAGAUUAUGGCUGCUCCUCAGACAUUUUCUGCUGAUGAAAAUUGAAUGUUUACAAUAAAAUCGAGGAAAGGAAAUAGAUAUUUUAAACGGCAAAUUGUUGAAACAUCAACUAAAGACCUGGAAUGUGACGUUUGAAGGAGAAGAAAUAAUUCUUUGCUGACUUUCGCUAAUUUUAGAAUAGGAUGUGACAUUAAAAGGCCAGGCAACUGACUGAAAAUGGUAAAUGUGGGUCAGCACAAUAAUGGCAUAACAGUAGAAAUCGAAAGAACUGCAGCUGCUGUAAAUCUGAAACAAAAACAGAAAUUACUGGAAAAGCUCAGCAGUUCUGGCAGCAUUUGUGGAGAGAAAUCAGAGUUAAUGUUUUGAGUCUGGUGACCCUCGGAACAGAAGGAUUUGAUGAACACUCUUUACUGUUUAAGAUUUCCAGCAUCUAUUUUAGUGGAUUCUUUCAGAGAUUGUAAACCAAUGUCAAACCGAGUAUACGCAGACCCAAAAGGCAAUUAUGAUGACUAUCAGUAUCCAGUAGUAUUCUUGCCACCAUAUGAGAAUCCACCUCCAUGGAUCCCUGUGCAGGAGCGGUUACAUCACUCAGAUUACAACAAUGAACUGACCCAGUUUUUACCUCGAAUAAUCCAGUUGAAGAAACCCUCUGGGGCUCAGCUGGGAUUCAACAUUCGAGGGGGCAAGGCCUCUCAGCUUGGCAUCUUCAUAUCGAAGGUGAUUCCUGAUUCCGAUGCAGAUCAUGCAGGGUUGCAGGAGGGUGAUCAGGUCCUUGCUGUGAAUGACAUUGACUUUCAGGACAUCGAGCAUAGCAAGGCUGUUGAAAUCUUGAAAUCUGCCAAAGAAAUUACCAUGCGGGUUCGCUACUUUCCGUACAACUUCCGCAGGCAGAAGGAAAGGACAGUUCAUUAAAAGGAGGUCCUGCUCUGUUUUGAGAUCUCUGCCUUAGAGAUUAUUGAAACGUUUGGUACUUCGAAGAUGUCUGGUCAAAUGGUUCAAUAGCUAGAGAGAUUCUGAAAUGUGGGUUUUCUGUUUGGGAUUUAUAAAAUGCCUCCUGCAUUUAUUUGACAUUUCUAGGAUUUAGUCAUUUCUGUCAAUGUAAAGUGUUAGGCUAUUUUGGGGAAAACUGCAAUGAUUGCGAAUUCUUGAAGUGAAAUUCAGACAGUGCCUGGUUCUGCAACUGUCUUGGGAAUCUAAAAGGAGUCUUAAACCUGAUAUUGUCAGAAGCCCAAUCACUGCCACUGUUUUGCUUAUCCCUAUGUAGGAUUGUCUUUCAAAGACACAUGACUCCAUUAGUUUUGUUACACAAGGUUGAAGUCUGUUGAUUCAGUACCGUAUCUUGUGACAAUAAGGGCACAAUUUUGUAUGUUAUUGCCACUGUUUAUAAUGCUUUCUACAGGUUGCACAACCAAGAAACUACUGUCUUUCUUUUCUGUUUAGCACUGGGAGCCGGUAGUCUACGCUAAAUAAGUAUAUCUUUCAAAGCAGUAAUGUAAACAGUUACAAUUGUCCAGCUGAUAGUUAGUGGGUGUCUGAGAGCAGUUAACAUUUGAGGUGAAUAUCAGUUGUCGAGUAGAUUGUAAAUAGUUCGAACUGUCACAUAGCAUUGCUUGACCCAUUCCGGAUUUAACUGCAUCUGUUUCAGUUCUUUCACUAUAGAUAGUUGCAGUAUCAUCGUGAAGUAAUUGCAGGAUUAUGGUGCAGCCUCUUGGAUAUGUAAACUUUUAGAACAUGACCCUCACAAUUUAUUGAAUCAAAUCCUUGAUCAGAUGGCUGAAUGCAAUGUGUGGUUUUUGAUUUUUUUUCCUUGGAUUUAUCUGGCAAUAAAGACCAUGACACAGGCCCUCUGGCAUGUCUAAAGCCAAAACAUUGACUCUGGGAGGAAAUCCUGAAGCACAGGAAGUAAGUGAUUCAGAAAAAUGCACAUCAGGAUCUUCUCUGUGGAAAAGAGGGGAAAUCCUUGAUAGAUAAAUCAGCCUCUGAAAACUAUCUUCUUGAAAAUAGUUAAUUGUUGCAUGUGGUAAAUAUAAUUUUGGGAUAUACUAUGGAUAAUACACAAUAAAUGUGUACAUUUGUUAAACUUUUGAACCUCUUCUAAUCAUUUGAUUUGUUGAUCAUGUGAAAAUGAGCAGAUUUCAAGUAGAGCUUUGACUCAUGUUCUAUUAAACAGCCUUAAUUGUCCUUGUAUACCAUCUGCUGUACACAACUACAAACUGGAGAAAUAUUAACUAUUUCACAAUCUGAAAAUCAACUCUUGUUUUAAAUGAUGCAAAGCAUGUGGUUUUAUUUCAUCAAUGUAAGUUUGUUCUGCUGCAAUUUUUGUUACAGUCUGUUUAGUUAUAAUAUCUACUGAAGAAAAGCACAGUGGAAUAAAAGUAGAGUAUCUUUAGUCCAAAAAGGAAUUUAGUUCCUUUUUAAAAUAGAUACAUUUAAGUCUAUUUUGUGUGGCAUCUGAUUUUUGGAAGGCUGCUCAGUUUAGAGUCUUUUAAAGAAAAAGAACAAACAUUGUCAUUGUGAUGUUGACACAACAACAAGAAUCCUAGUAUCAGCAUUGAUUGGGGGCCUACAUUGACUAUUGGAGAUGUCAUCAAGAAAGAAUCACAAAUCAUUAUUUGCCAGAAUCAAUUGUUGAGGAAACAUCUUUACUUCACAUGUAUACUAACCUUCGACAUCAAAAAAGAGGAAUUAAUUCUUUAGUAAAGUCUCUUCUACUA